CCCGCCCGCGCCCCGCGCUCCCUGCCCCAGCCCGCCCGGCCGCGGGCGCGGGGAUGCUGCGCCGCGCUCCGCCACCUGCACCAUGUUCCCCAGCGCCGCCGGCACCACGCCCUUCUCCGUGAGGGACAUCCUCAACCUGGAGCAGCAGCAGCAGCCCGGCGGCCUGGCCUCCAUGGAGCUGGCGGGCCUGGCCUCGCCGUCCUGCCUGUUGGCCGCCUUCAAGCACGAGCCCUUCGCCGCCGAGGCCGCGGCCCUGCCGGAGCUGGGCGAGGAGCUGGCCCCGGCGCACCCCGCCAGGAGCCCCGCCGCCUGCUACGGCAAGACCUACGCCGACAUGGGCUCGGCCAAGGCCGGCAAGACAGACCUGUGCUCCCUGCAGGAGCAGGAGAAGCGGGACGUGGAGGAGCCCGAUCGCCCCCGGCAAAGGAAGCGCAGGAAACCGCGCGUCCUCUUCUCGCAGGCGCAAGUGUACGAGCUGGAGCGGCGCUUCAAGCAGCAGAAGUACCUGUCGGCCCCGGAGCGGGACCACCUGGCCAGCGCGCUGAAGCUCACGUCCACGCAGGUGAAGAUCUGGUUCCAGAACAGAAGGUACAAAUGCAAGCGGCAGAGGCAGGACCAGACGCUGGAGAUGGUGGGCGCGCCGCCGCCCCGCCGCAUCGCCGUGCCCGUGCUGGUGCGGGACGGGAAGCCCUGCCUGGGCGAGUCCUCGCCCUACAGCCCCCCGUACAACGUGAGCAUCAGCCCCUACAGCUACAACGCCUACCCCGCCUACCCCAGCUACGGCGGCCCGGCCUGCAGCGCCAGCUACAGCUGCAGCUACCCGGCCGUGCAGGCCGUGCCGCCCUCCGCCGCCGGCAGCGGCUUCGUCAAUUUCGGCGUCGGGGACUUGAACUCCGUGCAGGCGCCGCUGCCGCAGGGCAGCGCCGGCAUCUCCACGUUGCACGGGAUCCGCGCCUGGUAGAGCUGCUCCCUCCGCCCGCGCGGGGACGGGGUCCGGGCCCGGGCCCGGGCCCGGGGGGCGGCUGAACCCAGCCGGGCUCCCCGUGGCGCCCGCCGGCCAGGGGUCAGGCAGCCGCGGGGAAGGCGCUAGCCUGGUUGGUGGGUUUCCUGCGGGGACACGCCCGGUUAGACGUGUGUGCGGGGAGGGGGGGAAUCCUUUCCGUAGUGCAGCUGCCAGCCCCCGGCCCGAGGCUACCCCGCACACCCGCCCCCAGCCGGCUUCUCCCCUUGGCACCCCGCAUGUUCCCCCCGCACGCCCCGUCCGGGCCCAGGCGCGGCGGGCGAGGGCCCGGGGCCGAGCCUCCCGCCGCAGAGCCGCUUCCCCGGCCCGAGACCUCGCCCGGCCGACGGGGAUGCUCCGGACACAGCCCUCCCCGGGGGCGCCGGGACGCGCCGGUCCCGCCGGGUGCUGCACUGCGCGCGAGUCCGCACGGCCGCCACCGCCCGCCCCGCUGUCCGAGCCUCA